AUCUGGAGGAAAUAUGAUGCUGACAGCAGUGGUUACAUAUCAGCUGUGGAACUCAAGGGCUUCUUGAAGGACUUGUUUCUGCAGCACAAAAAGAAUAUUCCCUCCAGGAAGUUGGAUGAAUACACAAAUACUAUGAUGAGCAUUUUUGACAAAAACAAAGAUGGGAGACUGGAUCUUAAUGAUCUAGCCAGAAUUCUGGCUCUGCAAGACAACUUCUUGUUGCAGUUCAAAAUGGAUGCCAGCAGUCAAGAGGAGAGAAAGAGAGACUUUGAGAAGAUCUUUGCACAUUAUGAUAUUAGUAAGACUGGAGCACUUGAAGGACCAGAGGUGGACGGUUUUGUCAAAGACAUGACGGAGCUCGUCAGGCCCAGUAUCAGAGGUGUUGAUCUGGAUAAAUUGCGUGAGGUUCUGCUGCGCCACUGUGAUGUGAAUAAAGACGGGAAGAUUCAGAAGAGUGAGCUGGCCCUGUGUUUGGGAGUAAAGCUUAAAUCACAUGCACACUGA